AUGCUUUUGGUGUCGGACUGGAGUAGCAUAUGGAGCAAGAGCAGGAACAGGAACAGAGGAGUGUGCAGCAGAGGUUGUGACAAUCCCCUAGGAUCAUACAGCCAGUUAGAUGUGUGUGGCACAACUCCACUCAACCCCAGGAUAGUUGGAGGACAAAAUGCCCCUGCAGGCAGCUGGCCCUGGCAGGCUAGUCUGCAGAUGUCUGGAAGCAAUUUCUGUGGAGGUUCACUGAUCAACAAGGAGUGGGUUGUAUCUGCUGCUCACUGCUUUUCAAGGUCAGUAGGGCGGCAGACCCAGCAGAGCAGCAAUCCCAAUGAAGUGUCCAGAAGCGUGGACAGAAUCGUCUUGCGUCCCAAUUACGACAACAAGACCAAUGACAACGACAUUGCUAUGCUGAGACUCAGUUCUCCCGUUCAGUUUACUAACUUCAUCAGACCGGUUUGUCUGGCAGCCAGUGGCAGUGUGUUCAACAAUGGCACCGACAGCUGGGUAACUGGAUGGGGCAACAUUGGAGAAGGUGUUGCUCUCCCAUUCCCUGAGACCCUACAGGAAGUGGAGGUUCCAGUGGUGGGUAAUAGACAGUGCAACAGCCUGAACGGAGUUGGAACGAUCACAGAGAACAUGAUCUGUGCUGGUCUACUCGCUGGCGGAAAAGACUCAUGUCAGGGUGACUCAGGAGGUCCAAUGGUGAACAAGCAGCAAACGGUUUGGGUCCAGUCUGGGGUCGUCAGCUUUGGGUUUGGUUGUGCUCGACCUGAACUCCCUGGUGUUUAUUCAAGGGUGUCCCGCUACCAGUCCUGGAUCGGCUCCCAGAUCCAGAGCGACCCACCAGGCUUUGUCACAUUCUCCAUAGGUAUGAAAGCUGAGACAAGAAAGCAGUACUAUGAUAUGGCCAAGUGUCAUAUUACUCCUGUACCUAUUGUCUUCUCCUGCCUUACAAAGACCUAA